UUCAACUUCUUUGAGGCUGCAAGCAUGGUCCGUGGAGUCGAAGGAAACGAGAUGUCGACGCCUCGCCCCUCACAGAAGAAACAGCCACCGUCAGGCUCACAGUCGGCGAAGAACCAGAAGUCCAUCCUCGGCUUCUUCCAAAAGAAGUCAACCAACUCACCAAGUCCCGCUCCGUCUCAACCUACACCAGCAAAACAAACACCCACAUCCACAUUGUCCAAGAAGUCAUUCUCUCGCCCGCCUCCAGCCCUCACACCAGUUCCCAGCAGCGAUGCACCUGAACCCUCGAGUCCAGUACGGCAGAACGAGGAAGAUACUCCAAUAGCAGGAAGAAACAAGGAGAAUGAGAUUGCAGGUGUUGUCCUCAGCAGCCCGUCACGCAAGGGCAGAAAGGCAGUCAACUAUGCCGAGUCUGAUGACGAGGAGGACGAUGUACUCGGACCAAUUGCGAAUAACUCGAGAGCAAGGGCUACAAAGCGGCAAAGGGUGAGCGUUGACGACGACUCAGAUGAUGAGUUUGGCCUGGACGCUGCCACACAGCAGGCUAUGAUCGAAGAUGACAUGGACGACUUCAUCGCACCAGAUGACUCUGAAGAGGAUAUUGUCUCGAAGAAACGCAAGCGACCGAUGUCCUCGAAGCCUAGCACGAAAGCCACACCUGCGUCCUCUCCACCACAAGUUCAAGUCUAUAAGGAGGAAGAAGAUGAAGUCGGUACUGCCAUGACUGGCACCUCGACUGCACAGCAAUGGGUUUACGACCCCGAGAACCCUAUGCAACCAAAACCUCGACCAGCGACUCAAGACACGAAGAAGAAGCCCAAGCUCAAGGAGAGACCAUCUGCAUCUGAGCCAGAGAAGCGAUACCCAUGGCUGGCGAACAUGCAGGAUGCUGACCGAAAUCUACCGGACCACCCUGACUACGACCCACGCACAUUGUACAUCCCACCCGGCGCCUGGAACAACUUCUCUCCAUUCGAGAAACAAUACUGGGAGAUCAAAUGCAAGUUCUGGGAUUCGAUUGUGUUCUUCAAGAAGGGCAAAUUCUACGAGCUCUACGAGAAGGAUGCGUCUGUGGGCCACCAGCUCUUUGAUCUCAAGCUGACAGACCGAGUCAACAUGCGGAUGGUCGGUGUGCCCGAAGCCUCAUUGGAUAUGUGGGCCAGUCAAUUCGUAGCGAAAGGCUACAAAGUUGCGCGCGUGGAUCAGAUGGAGUCAGCACUGGCAAAGGAGAUGCGCGAGCGCGGUGGCGACAAGAAGAGUGCUCCCAAGAAAGCGGACAAAGUCAUUCGGCGUGAGCUGGCUUCUGUCCUCACAUCUGGUACCCUCGUGGAUACUGGCAUGCUCCAAAAUGAGAUGUCAACCUACUGUAUGGCUGUCAAGGAGAUCGACCGCGAUAAUCUUCCUGCGUUUGGUGUUGCCUUCGUCGAUACUGCUACCGCUCAGUUCCAGCUGUGCGAGUUCACCGACGACGCCGACAUGACCAAGUUCGAGACACUCAUUGCUCAAAUGCGGCCGGGUGAACUCCUCAUCGAGAAAUCUUGUAUCUCCGCAAAGGCCCUACGAAUCCUCAAGAACAACACCCCGCCAACAACCCUCUGGAACUCACUGAAGCCUACAAAGGAGUUCUGGCCUGCGGAUAUAACAGUGCGUGAGAUCGAGGUCAACAACUACUUCGAGUCCCUAACAGAAGACAACAUCGAAGCUUGGCCGCCGGUGCUCCGUGAAGCACGAGAGCAAGAGCUAGUCAUGUCAGCUUUCGGUGCCCUUUUGCAGUACUUGCGUACUCUGAAGAUCGAACGUGAUCUCGUUACACUAGGCAACUUCCAAUGGUACGAUCCUAUCCGGAAGGCCACAAGCUUAGUGCUUGAUGGUCAGAGCUUGAUCAACCUUGAGAUCUUCGCCAACAACUUCAAUGGUUCUGGUGAAGGCACACUGUUCACUAUGCUGAACCGAUGUAUCACACCGUUCGGCAAGCGGCUACUGAGGCAGUGGGUGUGCCACCCUCUCGCAGACGCACAGAAGAUCAACGCUCGUCUCGAUGCUGUCGAUGCUCUCAACGCCGACUCCACCAUCAUGGACAGUUUUAGUUCCUCGCUUAGCAAGUUGCCUGAUCUUGAGCGACUCAUCUCGCGUGUCCAUGCUGGUCGCUGCAAAGCUCAAGACUUCCUCAAAGUCCUCGAGGGCUUUGAGCAGAUUGAGUACACUGUUAGUCUGCUAAAGCAAUUUGGCGAUGGCGAAGGUGUCAUUGGGCAGCUGAUUGCCUCAAUGCCAGACCUUGCUGGCGCGCUAGAACAGUGGAAGACAGCAUUUGAUCGCGAUCUUGCCAAGUCGGAGGGUAUCCUUGUACCAGCUCCUGGCGUGGAGGAAGACUAUGACGAGAGCCAGAAGGCCAUCGACGAAUGCCUUGCUGAUCUUGAGACUUUGUUGAAGAAGGUCCGUAAAGAUCUCGGCAACAACUCCAUUUGCUACCGCGACAAUGGAAAAGAAAUCUACCAACUCGAAGUACCGAAGAAGACCAAGGUGCCCAACACCUGGGAUCAGAUGUCGGCAACUGCAAAGGUCACACGAUAUUACUCACCAGAGCUGCGAAAGCUCGUUCGAGCUUUGCAGGAGGCUACAGAAACGCACAGUCAGAUCACCAAAGAGGUUGCCACUCGCUUCUAUGCGAAAUUCGAUGAGGACUACGCAACCUGGCUUGCAGCUGUCAAGAUCAUCGCGCAGCUUGAUUGCCUGAUCAGUCUAGCUAAAGCGUCCGCCUCACUUGGUGAGCCCAGUUGCCGACCAGUGUUCACAGAGGAUAAGCGUUCAGUCGUGGAGUUCGAGGAGCUUCGUCACCCAUGCAUGCUCAACACUGUCGACGACUUUAUCCCCAACGACAUCAGAUUAGGUGGAGACUCACCAAACAUCAGUCUGCUGACUGGUGCCAACGCUGCAGGUAAAUCGACCAUCCUGAGAAUGACGUGCAUAGCGGUCAUUCUUGCCCAGGUUGGUUGCUACUUGCCUUGCACGUCCGCGAAACUCACGCCCGUCGAUCGCAUUAUGUCACGUCUUGGAGCCAAUGACAACAUCUUCGCAGCUCAAUCAACUUUCUUCGUUGAGCUGUCUGAGACGCAGAAGAUUCUCUCCGAGGCAACACCACGCUCUCUUGUCAUUCUUGAUGAGCUUGGUCGCGGCACGUCUUCUUACGAUGGCGUGGCAGUUGCCCAGGCCGUUCUCCACGACAUCAGCACGCGCGUUGGCUGUGUGGGCUUCUUCGCUACGCACUACCGCUCUCUGGCCAAGGAGUUCGAGACGCAUCCUGAAGUUGUCAACAAGCGCAUGCGCAUUCACGUGGAUGGCGACUCCAAAUCUAUUACCUUCCUGUACAAGCUCGAAGAGGGUGUUGCCGAAGGUAGCUUUGGUAUGCACUGCGCAGCUAUGUGCGGCAUCCCGAACAAGGUCAUCGAGAACGCUGAAAAGGCUGCUCGAGAGUGGGAGCACACUUCUAGACUCGGUGAACGUAUGGAAGUCAAGAAAGAGGAGGGCGGUGUGUACGUCCCUCUGGGCGUGCAGAGCGAUGUGGCAUGGGCGCUUCGUGAAGGUCUUGAGGGUGUCGGUGACCGCACUCUCGAUGUGCUGCUUGAGGCUAUCGCGUCCUUGUAGCGGCUCUCGAUCAUCAGUCCAUCACAGCGCGGUGUCUGGAAUGGCCCUAGGUGAAAAUCGGUACCAUGUAGGCGCUUCGGAGUUUCUGACUAACAUUUGUUAUG